AUGAUCAACUCCCUCCUCACAGUCCCCCUCCUCAUAAACGGCCAAGAAGAAUACACCAACACCACCUUCCCCGUAACAAGCCCCUACACUAACACCCCCUGCUGGACCGCCUCAUCCGCAACCCCCUCCGACGCCCUCCGCGCCGUCGCAGCCGCAGACGCCGCCUUCCCAGCCUGGUCGCAAACCAAACCUACCGCGCGACGCGACAUCCUCCUCAAAGCCGCCGAUCUGCUAGAAGAGCGGCUGGAGGAGAAUGCGUUGUACAUGCGCACGGAGAUGGGCGCAGACAAGGGGGCGUCGGCGGGGUUUGUAGUGCCGUUGGCGAUUCGCAUGUUGAGGGAUGUUGCGGGGCGGAUUACUUCGAUUUGUGGGAGUGUGCCGGUGUUGGAGGGGGAGGGGCAGAGUGCGAUUGUGUUUAAGGAGGCGAUGGGGGUUGUUUUGGGGAUUGUGCCGUGGAACGCGCCAUAUGUGUUCGGCAUACGAUCAGCUGCCUGUGCCCUGGCAGCGGGAAACACGACCAUCCUCAAAUCCUCCGAGCUUACCCCGCGUUGCUACUGGGCUAUUGGCCGUGCCUUUGAAGACGCCGGGUUACCAGCGGGUUGUCUAAAUGUCCUACACUGCCGACCAGAGGACGCGCCCGAGGUCGUCAACGCGAUGAUCGAGCACCCGGCUGUGCGCAAGAUCAAUUUCACCGGGAGCACAGCUGUGGGCCGGAAGAUUGCGCGGGUCUGUGGGCAGAACUUGAAGCCCUGUCUGAUGGAGCUGGGUGGAAAGAAUAGCUCGAUUGUAUGCGCGGAUGCGAAUUUGGACGUCGCAGUGCAGGGAGUGUUGGCUGGUGCUUUCUUAAAUUCCGGCCAAAUCUGCAUGGCAACAGACCGCAUCCUGGUCCACUCGUCCAUCGCAACCCAAUUCAUCACAGCACUCAAAACUGCCCUCGCUGCCGGCGCCUCAACAUCGUCUCUCCCACCCACGCUCGUCAACACAGCCUCCAAAACCCGCGUGCAAGCGCUCAUCUCCAACGCCCUCGAUGCGGGUGCCCAUUUCAUCUCCGGCGCGGCAGAUGUCCCGCUCUCCGCAGAUGCGGGCGUGCGCAUGGCCCCCGCCAUCCUGGGCGGCGUCACCGAGGAUAUGGCCCUGUGGCAGGAAGAAGCGUUUGCCUCCGUGGCGGCGUUUAUGGAAUUCGAGAGUGAGGAGGAGGCGGUGCGGAUGGCGAAUAGUAGUGGGUAUGGGUUGUCGGCGAGUGUGUUUACGGACGAUUUGAGAAGGGGACUUGCGAUGGCGAAGAAGAUUCAGUCUGGGGCUGUGCAUAUUAAUAGCAUGACGAUUCAUGAUGAGCCAGUGCUGCCGCAUGGUGGAGUGAAGAAUAGUGGCUGGGGUCGGUUCAAUGCGGAUGAGGGAUUGAAUGAGUUCCUGGUGACGAAGAGUGUGACUUGGAUGGAUUAG